AUGAAAUAAUUUUAUGAUAUAUAAUAAAGAACAAAUUUAAGAGUUUAAGAAUUUUAUUAUUUAUUAUAGAUUAAUAAUAAAAAUAGAAAUAUUAAUAUUUUAAAUUAUAAUGAUUAUAAAAUUAUAGACGAUAAAAGCUUUCAUUUUAAAAGUGUAAAAUCACACUAAUAAAAUAAAAUUAUUAAAUUAUUUAAAAAGAUUUAAAUAAAAAUAAAUUAGUUUAUUGAUAAUAUUAUUAUUUUUAUACCUACUGAUACUAUAGUUAUUUCUUGGCAUAUUAUUUAUUUAGUUUUUACAAUAUUUUUUCUAUAUUUUUAUUCUAUUCUAAUUUUUUUUGCUUAAGAUUUAGAUAAUUAUUAUUUAAUUGAUAUUAUUUUUUAAAUUAUUUCGUUUUUAUUUCUUAUUGAUAUGUUUUUUAAUUUUAAUACUGCUUAUUUUGACAAAGAUUAUAUUAUUAAAAAAAGAAAAGAUAUUGCAUAUAGAUAUUUAAAAUCUUAUUUCUUUUUCGAUUCUAUUUCUUAUUAUUAUAUUAUUUAUAAUAUUUAUUUUUGUAAAAAUUCUCCUAAUUAUAAUCCUAAUAAUUAUUUGUUAGUCUAUUUUUAGAAUAUGAUAAUAUUUACAAGAAUAUUUGGUCUUUUUUCUAAAAUUAAGAAUUUAUAAUAAUUAAUAACUUUAAAUAAUAAUUAAAAACAUCUUCUCAAAUUAUUUAAUUUAGUUAUUUUAAUUGUAUUUGUAGCACACAUAGUAUGUAUAUUAUGGCAUACAUUAGCUGUUUAUGAAGAAUUAAAGGAAGUUAAUAUUACUUGGCUUUAGAAAGCUAAUUUAAAUCUUUAACCAUGGAUUUAAAGAUAUAUUUAUUCUUUAUAUUGGUCAGUUACUACUAUGACUACAGUUGGAUAUGGGGAUAUCACUCCAACAAAUAUUUACGAAGCAUUAUUUGCAACAAUUAAUAUGAUUUUAGUAAGUUGUGUAUUUGCGUAUUCUAUAAAUAAUAUAGGAAUGAUUCUAUAAGAAAUAGAAAAGAAUUCUAAAGAAUUAAUAGAUAAUAUUAGUAUAACUUAAAGAUAUUUAGAUAGAAAAAAUGUAAAUGUAGAAUUAAAGACAAGGAUAACAUAUUAUCUAUCAUUUUUAUCAUCAGAAUUAAAAGAUAGAAAUAAAGAAGAAGAAGAUAAAGUAAUAUCAAAACUAUCUAAUAGAUUACGUGAAGAACUUACAUUUGAAAUAAAUAAUAAAGUUUUAAGAAAACAUUAAAUAUUUAGUAAUAAUUUCUCAAUGAAAACGCUUUAACAAAUAGUUUAUAUAAUGGAAGAAGUAUUAGUAUCUCCAAAUGAAAUAAUAUUCUAAGAAGAAAAAGCAGAUGAUUAAUCUAUUUAUUUAAUCGAAAGUGGUAUCAUAGAAAUAUUUUAUUCCUAAAACAAAAGCAAAAAUAGAUAGAAUGAAGGUUUAAUAUAACUAAAACAAGGGCAUUUAUUUGGAGAAAUUUCCUUUUUUACUGGUUUAGCAAGGAAAGCCUCUGCAAGAAGUAUAAAUUUGUCUACAUUAUAUAAAAUCUAAAGGUCUUAAUUUAUCGAAAUACUAAAAAAAAACAAAGAAGACUUCGAAAGAUUUAAAGUUAUAGAAGAAAAAGCAAUAAUUUAUAAAAAUUUUAAAUCUUUAAAUAUUCAAUGUUUUUCCUGUAAAAGCAAAAAUCAUAUUUUUUUAUAAUGUCCAAAAAUACAUUUAUCUUUAGAUUAAUAAAAGACUAUACUUAAAUAUAACUUUUCUCUUUUUUAGGAAAGAAAAAAUUUAUAAAGAAAAAAAAAAAAAUCUGUUUUGAAAAAACAAUUUUUCUAAUUAAAUAAAAUGAACUUUUUUCAAAACUUCUUUAAAAAAAUGCACCAAAAUUCGACUCCAAAACUAAACUUUUAUUCAAAUCUAAUGAAGACCUCGAUUUUCUUGAAGAUGAAUAAGAAGAAAUUAAAAAUAAAUUAAAAAACAUAUUUAGCGAUUCAUUUUAAACUUCUUCAUCAACUUCUUCUUAAAAUUCUUCUAAAUAAAGUAAAUAAUAAUUGUCUAAAUCAAGAUAAAAUUCGAUAUCUAAACAAAAUUAAUAAACAAAUUCCUUAUGUAGUUUUAAUAAAAUUAGUAAAUAAGAAUCAGAAAAAUAAACAAAUAAAGAUAAUAAUGAUAAUAAAGAUAAUACUGAUAAUAAAGAUAAUAAAGAUAAUAAAGAUAAUAAUGAUAGAAAAGAUAAUAAUGAUAAUAAAGAUUAUAUUGAUAAUAAAGAUUAUACUGAUAGAAAAGAUAAUAAUACUGAUAAAAAAGAUUAUACUGAUAGAAAAGAUAAAACAAAUAAAAAAGAUAAAAAAGAUAAAUAAGAUAAAAAAGAAAAUUAUGAUAAUAAAGAUAAAAAAGAUAAUUGUAAUAAUAAAGAUAAUAAAAUUAAUAAAGUUAAUAAAGAUAAUAAAGAUAAAAUAAUAAAUAAAGAUAAUAAAUUAAAUAAUGAUUUUAAUGUUAAUAAAGAUUAAAAAGAUAACAAAGAUAAUAAAGAUAACAAUAAAUAAAAUUAAAAGAAAUAAAAAAAAUAUAUCAAUUGAAAAUAUAUCCGCAAGUAAUAAAUCAGUCUUUUAAAGGCAUGAUAGUUAGUAAUAUGAAUAAAUAUUAUAAUUUUUGAAAAAAAUUUAACUUUAAGAAAAUAAUUCAUUAGUAAAAAUUGACAAUGAAACAAAUUAAAUUGAAAAAUUUGAAAGAUUUAUGAACUUUACAUGGUUUUUCCCACACAAUAAUUUAGAAAGGGUAAUAUCUAUAUUUAAAAAAUAAAAUAUAAAUAGAAGAACAUUAAAUAAAAAUAAUAAACAAAAUGAUCCUUUAUUUAAAUAAAGAUCUAAAAGAAAAAGAUAAACAUCUAAAAUAUUAAGUAUGACUGAUGUUUCUUAAUUAAUUAAUUUUAAUUAAUAUUAAAAUUUUUUAAAAUAAAAAAUUCUUCCAACUUCAGUAUCUUAUGGUAUUGGUAUAUAAAACAAUAGACCUUUACCAAAAAUGUUUAUAUGA